AUGAUGGCAAGGAGGACAUUGCCACCUCAUCGGAGAUCUCACCACCCCACCUACUCCUUCACAUCGAUGCUACAAAGCACACACUGUUACUCAGGUGAAACAAACCCCGAGGAAAACUAUUGUUGUUCCAUCUUGAAAGAGAGUGGCAUCCCCACCAGCAUCACCACCACUAGAGAGGAGAGCAUGUGGAGACACCACUUGGAUGCCCUAAAUCAGAGCCUGGAGGUAGGAGGAGGAUAUAAGCUCAAUUUUCAAGGUAUAAGAGUCCUCUACAAAACCCAAUCCUACCCCAGACACACCGAUCGAGAAGGAUAUCUCCCUCCUGGUACCAUGGACCACCUGUCAUUUGGAACCCAUAGGAGCGACGAAUUCCGAGCUUAUUCAUUUGAGAAUGACACUGAGGCAGCUCACGAAGUGGGUACAAUAUUUAGAGUAUGA